AUGGAAGCUCGCCAAAGCUUUGAAGCAUUGCAGGAACGUCCCACGUGUGGGGAAGCCAGCAGGAAAGUUGCUGGGGUCCAGCUGGAGCUCUGGAGCUGUGUCUUUGAAGCUGGAAGGAGCUCGCUGGGGAGAAGCGAUCUGCCGGAGCCGGGAGGCGGAGAAGCUACUGCCGGGAGAC